UUCCGACUGAUCGAGAAAUAAUUCCCAUUCUGCCUUUGAUUUUUAAAUGUUUCAAAAUGCAGAACAUGGCAUCAUUCUUCCCUUUUCUUUCUGCACGAAGAACCCCUACAGACCCCACUCUAACUUGGCCCCUUGGUAUGUGUGAGCAUACUUGGCCAGUAAAGCUCUUUCUGAUUUAUGAGACACUCAUUAUUAUUUUAAAGGAAAACAUUCAAAAGAAACCCUAAUAACUUUUUUUUCUUUUUUUUUACUAGUAGUGUUUAUUAUUAGUUCCCAUCUCUAAUAUUUUCAGACAACGUGCAUCGGCUCCAUGAGUGACGUGUUGUUGUUUUUUCCCUCCCUCUGCCCGGUUUGGGAUUUGCUGGUCAGAGACAUGCCUCCCUCUGCCUGGCUCCUUAUAGCCCCGGAGAGGCAGGAAUCCCGGACGAGUGGUACGGACAUCGCCGACGGAGACCACAAACACGGCGCGGAGCGUUCCCCUUUAAACACGGUCUUAUGACUACAGACUGCUUCAGGUCAGACGACCGGAGAACCGGAGCACAGAGCAGAGACUGCCCGGGACAGCAGAGGACUCCUUCAGUGUCAGUGACUGUGAGAGCCGGGGACACACAGGACACAGCUCCCCUGCAGAGGCUGAAUGUUUGGAGCCAGACUGAGAAAACAGCUGGAGUUACACGGAUACUAUCUCACCUGUCUGCAGGAUUUAGUUUUUUGGGCAACCUGUUGCACCCUGAGGACACAUUUCCCCUCCUGCAGCUCAGAGGUCAUGUGUCGCCUGCCGGUGGCUUCACUCUUCAUUUGCUUCUGGUUGGUGGAGAGGAGCCAGUGUGACGGCAGCCUGCAGGACAGCAUGGGAGAGCUGCACACCAGGUUUGCCGUCAGUCUCUACCACACGCUCACAGAGACCGAGAACAGCUCCAACCUCAUCGUGUCGCCAGUGAGCGUCUCUUUGUCCCUGGGGCUGCUGCAGUUCGGUGCCAGGGGCAACACACUGGCUCAGCUUGAGGGAACGCUGGGAUACAAUGUGAACGACGCCCAGGUACAAGACUUCCUGAUGCACUCACAGAUUGAUGAGAGUAACACCAGCCACGGGAUGUGGCUGCAGCAGACCUGCACACUAUUAAUACAGAGCGGCAUCCAGCUCCUCACAGAGUUUACACAACACGCAGCAGCAUGGGCCAACACCAGCGUGGUCCGAGCCAACUUCAGCCAGCCACACAGCACCCCAAGCCAGCCGGAGCGAGUGAGACCCAACCACGAUGAGAUGCUUCUCCAGUCAGGAAGCAGCAGCGGGGAGCUGUCAGGGUCCGGUGAGCCCCAGGUGGAGACUCUGUGGUGGGGCCACAGGCUGCAGAUGGCGCUGGUCAACAAAGUGACGUUCAGGGGCGUCUGGCAGAAACAGUUCUUGUUCACCAACACACAGAACCUGCCCUUUAUCCUGUCUGACGGGACCGCCAUCAAGGUGCCCAUGAUGUAUCAGGCGACAGAGGUCAGCUUUGGUCAGUUUAGGACAGCGUUGGACCAGCGUUACACCGUGUUGGAGCUGCCGUACCUGGACCGUUCCCUCAGCCUACAGGUGAUCCUGCCCAGCGAGAGGAAGACGCCGCUGUCCUCCAUCGAGUCCCAGCUCACCGCUCGCCACCUGGCCUCCUGGUACACCGGCCUGCGUAGAACCAAGAUGGACAUUUUCUUACCCAGGUUCAAAAUGCAGAACAAGUUCAACCUGAGGUCCGUGCUUCCCGCCAUGGGCAUCAGAGACGCCUUCAAUCCAUCAGCAGCUGAUUUCACUGGAAUAUCAGUGGAGGAGAGUCUUUAUGUGUCCGAUGCUUUUCAUGAAGUGAGGAUAGAAGUCACAGAAGACGGGACAAAGGCAGCUGCUGCUACAGCUAUGGUGCUACUCAAACGAUCCCGUGCUCCAGUUUUCAAGGCAGACCGGCCAUUUUUAUUUCUACUACGACAGAUUAACACAGGAUCCAUCUUGUUUAUGGGCCGUGUGAUGAACCCGAUGGACCAAGCAUCCUAAGACUAAAAAACACACCCACUCCUACCCCAACCUUUGACUUCACUACUGGUAUUUAUUGUGGACCAACAGGAGGGUCCGCGGACACUUCAGGAAGAGGGACAUUAUUUUUGUACAUGUCUGUAAAUAAAAUUUUAUUACAUGUUUUUACACUG